AUGUCCCACCGUAACGCGCACAAGCCCCAGCCGAGCUGGCACGCGCGGCUCAGCCCACUCGAACAGUAUGACGGGAGCAACCCGCGCCCGAGCCCGCACCCGGUGCUGGGCGUUGUACUCGUUGCUGCCUCGAUCGCUUUCCUCCUCCUCGCCUCGUACACUGUCUUCUUCAGCGCGUUUCUGUCGAAGAGCGGGAUUUGGGUCUUGGACACGCUCGCAGACGACAAGCAUUACAAGUACCUCCUCGUGCUCCUUAUCGCAUCGUACACAGGCUUCGUCAUUGCGAACUGGGUGGGAUGGCAGUACUAUAGGAACUCUUGA